AUGUUUUCAAAGCUCCAAUAUUCGAUUUUAAUCUACUGUACAAUCUUAAUAUGUGUCUUUGACCAUCGAAUUGACGCAACGAAUGUUACGUUUAUUCCCACACCUAUUCGCAUCACGGUUGCUGAUCUUCCGGCCCCGUUUACAACACAAUCCGCUAAUAAAGAUGGAAAUAUUAUUCCUGUACCAUCGGAUCCAAAAAUAUCUGUUCCAGUUGGAUUUGCAGUCAAACUUUUCGUAGAUGGUCUCAUUACGCCUCGUUUUCUUCUGUAUACGCCCACUGGUGACAUUCUUGUUAGUGAACCUAGUGCUAAUCGGAUAUCAUGCCUAGUUGAUAGCAAUAAUGAUGGAUAUCCUGAUGAGCGCAUAACAUUUGCUGAUGCAUCCAAUAAAAUCAGUCGUCCUUACGGGAUGGUAUUUAUCAAAGGCUACUUUUAUGUGGCGAAUUCAAAUGGUAUUCGACGAUAUCCAUGGAUACGUGCAAGUCGUCAAAUAUCUGGCGAGGGUGAGCAGAUAAUGGAUAUUGAUCCAAGCGGUCACUGGACCCGAGUUAUUACUAUGUCACCAACAGCCGACAAAAUAUAUAUUGGUAUUGGUUCAGCGACCAACAAUGAUGCUGAUCCUUUACCACGAGCAUCCGUUCAAGUAGCAAAUCUUGAUGGAAGUAAUCGAACAACAUUUGCGUUCGGUCUUCGAAAUCCGAUCGGUCUAGCUUUUCAUCCAGUUAGCAAUGAACUGUAUGUUGCAUGUCAAGAGCGCGAUGGUCUCGGUGAUAAUCUUGUUCCAGAUUUCUUUACACGCAUUCGGCAAGAUGAAUUUUAUGGUUGGCCAUAUGCUUAUAUGUCACCGAGUUUAAUCGAUCCAAAACACACUCUACCGAAUGGAUCAAGUGUACAGCCCGAUUUGGUAGCACGUACACGAACACCAGAUGUUCUCAUUCAAGCACAUUCGGCUGUUCUCGACAUGCUUUUCUAUACAGGCAAUCAAUUUCCGAGUAGUUACAAGAAUGGAGCAUUUGCAGCACUCCAUGGAUCAUGGAAUAGGGAAGUUGGAACAGGAUACAAAAUCGUCUUUAUACCUUUCAAUAGCGAUAAUCGACCGAUAGGUCACUAUGAAGACUUCGUUGACGGUUUUUUAACCAAUCCACGUGGGCCCGACACGUUUGCCACUCCAGUCGGUCUACUUGUACUCAAAGAUGGUAGUCUCAUAUUCACUGAGGACGGAAACAAUCGAAUUUAUCAAGUUCAAUACCAACAGUCGACCAGUAGUAGCCAUUGUCAACAUUUUGUCUCUGUUGUAUUUCUUAUUAUUUGGCAGUUGUUUUCGUUCUUUUUCAAGCACGAAAUUAAUUAA